CACAUGAUGUUGCAAUUUUUAUAUAUUCUUAAUUCAAUACAAUACAUACCUCUUUUAUCUGGCUUUGUACAUUUUCUGAUGAAUCUAUAACUCUCUUAUCCAAAACUUUAUACAUCUGAUAAUAUUCCAUUGAUUCCAUUAAGUGUUUCUUGACUCAUUUUUAUUUUUAUUAUUGAGUUANGUUACUGAAGAUAUGAUUAGAACUACUCUUAAAGAAUGUGGUUAUGGUGAUAUUUAAAUGGUAAUUUUAUUAAUCUUAUUGUUUACUUAGAUUAGAUUAGAAAAAAUGUAAUAAGGCUUCUAAUAAAUUAUCAGAAUUGGAUAUAUCGUUUUUGAAUAAGCUUCAGAUGCUAAUAAAUUGGUUAAGAAUUUUAAAGAAAAUGAAAAAUUUGAAGAAAUUAAAAAGUUGUUUGAUCCAAAUGUUGAUACUGCUGGUGGUAAAUACUUUUAACAUCUAUUUCCUUAAUAAUCUUAAUAGAGAGGAUAAAGAAGAAAUAAUUAAAGAUAAUCCCCAAAUAGAAGAAUUUAUUCUAUGCCUUAAGGUCCUAAUCCAUUUGGUUAAAGAAUGCCUUUCCCUCCUUAUUAAAUGUAAUAAAGAAUGUAGGGUCCUGGAGGUAGAAGACCUUUUCCUUAAUAAAUCCCUGGAUUCCCUUAACCUAUUAGACCUAAUCUCCCACCUCCUGUUUAAUAAGUUGAUACUCAAUAAUAAAUUCCUUCUCAAAUUAUUCCUUUCAAUUAAAGAUAAGAUUUAUUAGAUUUGAUGGCCAAUAUAGAUUCCUUCAAAGCUAAACCUUAAGAAGAUUAACUCAGAUAAAUUUAGUAAUUUAUUUCCAUUAAUAUUUUAGACAAAUGCUCUACUAUAGAAUUAAGGCUAAACUUAAUACUGAUACAGAAGCACAUUGGAAGAGAAUUAGUGAAAUCUUAUCAGAUCCAACAAAUUACUCUAUUGAAGAAAUCAUUGAUAUGUUUAAAGAUGAAGAGCUCUUCAAUUCUUUCGUAGAUGAAGCCAUUGAAUAAUUAAAAGAAGCAUCAUGUUGGUGAUCAUUUAUUGUUC